AUGACAACCACCGCCCAAACAAGCCGGCCAACGCCUCCCCACGAUGACACUCCUGCCCAAGGCUACGGCAGCUGGGUUCCGCACGAUCUACCCUACAACGCCGACUUCGAGGACAGCCUCAUUCCAGCAGUCCUCGAUUCCAACCGCUCGUCUUCUGGCAUCCGCGUAAUACCUGAAGACAGCUCUGAAGCCCCGGUCCCAGGCCAGAGCGUGCGCAUUCAAGACAUCGACCUCACGACCCUCCCCAACCUCACCGAGUCCUCCCUACCCAUCCCUCUUUCAGAUCCGCGGCGCAUCUACGCCUCCUCCAUCCCCGGCAUAAACCUCACCCAUCCGUACGGCUGGACAGAAGGCGGUCCCUCGCUUGAUCCAAACCUCGACACGUUCGCGGAUGACUUCCUGCUCAACCACCCAGACGUGUCGAACGAAGCGCAACUGCGCGCGGCCGUGGAUCACGAAGUGCAGGAGCAUUUGGAAGUGGUGAAGGAGAGAUUGAGAGCGCGGCAGAAGGCUAAGGAAAGGAAUGAACAGAUCCAGAAGGAAAUUAAGACGUUGACGGAUCAACACGAUAUGGAGUUGAGGAUUCAGCAGCGGAUGCAGGAGGACCAGAGGCGGAAGAAGGAGGCGAGGGAGAAGAAGAGGGUGGAGAGGGAUGGUGGGGGAUGA